GACUGGCGAUUGGCUGACUCCUGGGAACGAACGUCAAACGUGCAGCAAACGUGCAGUGAGCUGUGUACAGUUGGAGGAGCAUAUACGCUCGUUUUUUAUUAUUUCCGAAUUAUUCUGAAUUUAAAAAAUUGUUCACAGUAUUUGAUAUAAAAGAAUUGUAACAUGUCUUUUCUCGGUGACGAAGCUGAAGAGUCAGAGCACGAAGGAGAAGAAGAGAUUGGGCACGUCAGGAAGUACAAGAAUAAAGACAAACGUAAAAAGCAAAUUGACAGUGACGAAGAGGAGGAAGAUGAUGAUGAGGAAGUGUUGAAAGAUCUUAUCGAUGAUAAUCCUAUAGAGGAGGACAGCGAUAAUGAGUCUGAUGGGUCGCGGAAGAGAAAGAAAAGCGAUGAGGAGGAUGACUUUGACGAUCGCUUGGAAGAAGAUGAUUAUGAUCUUCUCGAGGAGAAUUUGGGAAUGAAAGUCAAACGGAAAAAAAGCUUUAAGAGAAUUCGACAAGAUGCGGAAUCGGACGUUGAAGAUUCACAGGAACAGGGCGAUGAUCGGGAAGCCAUUGCGAACCAACUCUUUGAAGGAUCUGAUAAUGAGAAUGAGCGCCCGUCACGACGAGAAGAAGCACCAGAACAAUACGCUUCUGACGAGUCUGAAGUGGAGUCGGAAACGGAUGAUUUCAUCGUAGAUGAUGACGGUCAGCCUAUUGCAGAUAAGCGAAAGAAAAGAAAGCCAAUUUUUACUGAUGCUGCCCUCCAAGAAGCCCAGGACAUAUUUGGAGUUGACUUUGAUUAUGAGGAUUUGGACAAGGAAGAUAAGGAAGAGUAUGAUGAAGAUGAGGAGGACGAGGAUGAGUAUGAAAAUGAAGAGCAAAACAUCGCAAGGAGAACAAAGAAAGCAUUAAGGCGGAAGAAGAAGCUCAAGUCCCUCUACGAAUUGUACGAACCUCAUGAAUUAGAAAGAGCUGGGAUUACGGAAGAAGACAAUCGAAUUAGAAACACAGAUAUCCCAGAACGUAUGCAACUCCGCGUCGUCCCCAUCACUCCCGCCGACGAAGACGAACUUGAGGAGGAGGCAGAGUGGAUAUUUAAGAUGGGUUUCAGCAAAUACAACUUUGCAGCCAUCGUUGACAAACCCAAAGUAGGAGAGAUUACCCCUGCCCCACAAUCUGAUUGGGGAGAAGAUUGGGACAAACAGUCUGGAAUUGCGGUUCCGACUCCAGCUGCCAGUGUCGUUUCCAGCACGGUGAGCAAACGAGGUGCAACUCCUGGGGAAGAAGACUGGGAAGAGAAGUGGGAGAAGGCUUCCUCAAUUGUCUCCGCUGCUCCAAAAUCCACCCUUAGUGCAAAACAAGGAGGAGGCGUCGUGGACGAUGAUGACAAUUGGGACAAGGCUUCCUCAAUUGUCUCUGCUGCUCCUAAAUCCACUCUUAGUGUUAAACAAGGAGGAGGCGUCCUUGACGAUGAUGACAAUUGGGAGAGAGAAUCCAAUUUCGAGAAACAGUCCGUCACCGGAGGGCCGAAGUCGAGGGUUGGCGAUUCCGACGGGAUUCUUCCCGGAGCAGAGUCUCAUAUCAGCACGGCGGCGAGUGGUGCCCCCCAAAAAUCUAAUAUUCAAAUUAUGGAGGAGUAUAAGCCAAAAGUGGUGGCAAAAAUUAGGAAAGCACUUGAGUUCAUGAGAAAUCAGCACUUGGAAGUCCCGUUCAUCGCGUUCUAUCGCAAAGAGUAUAUCCAACCAGAACUGCAAAUUAACGAUUUGUGGAAAAUUUACAAGCUAGAUGGGCGCUAUUGCCAGUUGAAAUUAAGAAAGACAAGACUAAGCAUCCUGUUCAAAAAUAUGCAAAUGUAUCAGACUGAUUUGAUAAUGGAAAAUGCAGAUGAGCAAAUUUCAGAUGCUGUGCGCAUAAUUUCCGAAGACGAUAUUGAUCGUAUUAGAAGCUUAAAAACGUCGGAAGAGCUUGACGACAUGUAUCUGCUCUUCAGUCUCUACUACGCGGAUGACGUGCAGUUAAUGAAGGAAGCGAUGGUAAAGAAACGGCUGGAAGCUAAGCAACGAGCAAGGGAAGUGGCUGCUGCAGAAGGCGAACCAGUCGAAGAUCCAGACGACCUUGACUCGGAUCCUAUUGAGUUUCCAUCAACCAAACGAAAAAUUGGGGGUGGAUCUUACGCUCUAUGCAAAAAGUUGGGAAUUGACAGCCUUGUCAAGAAAUUUGGAUUGACUCCAGACAGGUUUGCUGAAAAUUUGCGAGACUCGUAUCAACGAUAUGAAGUGGAGCAAUACCCCAUGGACCCGCUGGACACGGCAAAAGAAUAUAUGAACGAAAGACUGAAAACUCAGGAGGAGGCAUUGAAGGCGGCCAAGUUCAUGUUGGCGACGCAAAUGUCUCGAGAACCACUGGUCAGGUUGAGCGUGAGGGAAGUGUUCUUUGAAUGUGCCACCAUUACAGUGACCCCAACAAAGAAAGGGCUCCGUGAAAUUGAUGAAGCACACCCUUGUUAUGCAAUGAAGUACAUCAAAGGUAAACCAGUCCGAGAUUUAAAGCAGGACCAAUUUUUAAAGCUGACGAUGGCAGAAGAAGACAAGUUGAUCAAUUUGGUGAUUGGUGACCAAAUCAAAGGGAUCACCGGAGAUACUUAUGUGGAGGAAGUUGUUCAACUAUUCAGGAGAGAUGAGUACAGCAAACUUGUUCAAGAGUGGAACGACAUCCGAGCAGAAUGUUGCCAAUUUGCACUGGAGAAACUCUUGUAUCCGAUUUUUCAAAAAGAAUUGAGAGCAAAGUUGCUGGAUGAAGCCAAAGAAUAUGUCAUUGACACUGCUACUCAUAAACUGAACGAAUGGCUCAAAGUUGCACCUUACUCGGUCAAUUUUGCCGACGAAAAUGAAGAAGACUGGGACACUAGUAAAGGAAUUCGUGUUUUGGCCAUUGCCUACGUUCCCGAUUUCAGCCAAGCUUCCUUCGCCACAGUGAUCUCUCCUGCUGGAGAGCCAUCCCAGUUUAUUCGCCUUCAAAACAUCAUGAAGAGUCUCAAAUCCUUUAAUGAAUCUGACCGGAAGGAUAAAUCAGAAGAUUUAAGGUCAAUUAAGGAAUUGAUUGUCGCCAAAAAGCCACAUGUGGUUGUGAUUGGUGGAGAAUCCCGUGAUGCAAUAAUGAUUAAGGAAGACAUUCGAAAUUUGAUUGCCGACCUUAGCACGGAGGAUGGUUUCCCAGCAAUUAAUGUAGAGAUUGUGGAUAAUGAGUUGGCAAAAGUCUAUGCUAGCUCUAUUAGGGCUCAGACUGAUUUUCGUGAAUAUCCUCUCAUCCUGAGGCAAGCAAUUUCUCUCGGUCGGAGGAUGCAGGACCCACUGAUAGAAUUUUCGCAACUUGUGAAUCAUGACGAUGAAAUUAUGUGCCUAAGAUUUCAUCCUAUGCAGGAUCAAGUUGCAAAAGAAGAAUUGUUGGAGAGUUUAUUAACGCAGUUUGUGAAUCGAACGAACGAGGUAGGGGUUGACAUAAAUCGUUGCAUUUCUAGUCCCUUUACCAUGAACGUGGCACAGUUUAUUUGUGGACUGGGACCCAGGAAAGCUGUAGCACUCGUUAAGACACUGAAGCAAAAUAGCCAACGGCUUGAAAAUCGAACCCAGCUUAUCACAGUGUGUCACAUGGGACCUAAAAUAUUCAUUAAUUGCUCCGGCUUUAUCAAAAUUGACACCAAUUCUCUUGGGGAUAGUACGGAAGCCUACGUCGAAGUAUUGGACGGCUCCAGAGUGCACCCUGAAACUUAUGAAUGGGCCCGUAAAAUGGCUGUGGAUGCUUUAGAGUACGACGACGAAGAUUCAAACCCUGCCAGUGCACUAGAGGAAAUUCUGGAAACUCCAGAUCGAUUGGAGGAGCUGAAUUUAGAUGCUUUUGCUGAAGAGUUGACACGUCAGGGUUUCGGAAACAAGAGCAUUACUCUUUACGACAUCCGUUCUGAACUUAAUGCCCGUUACAAGGAUCACAGAGAACACUACACGACUCCAAAUGCUGAGCAGCUUUUCAACAUGCUCACCAAAGAGACUCCCGAGACGUUGUACAGAGGAAAACUUACAACUGCCACCGUUGUCGGUAUAUCGCAUAAGAAGCCACAAGGAGAGCAACUCGAUGAUGCAAUUCUAGUUAGAAGUGAAGAAACGGACAUGUGGAAAUGUGCUUUCUGCAUGAAAAAUGACUUUCCUGAUUUAUCUGAUGUUUGGAACCAUUUUGAUGCGGGUGCUUGUCCUGGUCAAACUGCUGGGAUACGAAUCCGACUUGAUAACGGGGUCAGUGGCUUCAUUUCACUUGGGAAACUGUCCGACAAAACUGUAACCAAUCCGGACGACAGAGUCAAGCGUGGCCAAACUAUACAUUGCAGAAUUGUGAAAAUAGACGUGCAUCGAUUCAGCGUUGAGUGCACAUCACGAACGAGUGAUCUGGUCGACGAUGACCAAAAAUGGAGACUGCCAAAGGAUCCGUACUAUGACGCCGAGGCUGAAGAUAAGGAUAAGAAGCAGGAGGAGGAAGUCAGGAAGAAGAAGCACUAUCAAACCUAUGUCCGCAGGGUCAUUGUACAUCCAGCGUUCAAGAAUAUUUCAUUUAAAGAGCUUACUCCGAUAAUGGAGACGAUGUAUCAGGGCGAUUUGAUCAUACGACCCUCCAGUAAGGGCUCGGACCACUUGACCGUGACUUGGAAAGUUACAGACUCCAUUUGUCAACAUAUUGAUGUGCUCGAAACAAAGAAAGAAAACAUGUUCAGUCUCGGUCGGUCGUUGCACAUUGGAUCGGAAGAAUAUGAGGACUUGGACGAAAUUAUUGCUCGUUGCAUAAAUCCUAUGGCUUCGCACUCAAGACAAUUAGUUUCCUACAAAUACUACGUCAAGAAUCUUGGCGGAAGCCUGGCCAUGGCAGAUGAAUAUCUAAAAGAGGAGAAGAAGAAAAAUUCGAAUAAGAUUCACUAUGUUAUUCAUCCCAGCAAGGAGUUUCCAGGAAAAUUCGUCCUAUCAUACCUUCCUGGAAACAAAGUUCUGCAUGAAUUCAUCACCGUGAAUCCAUCUGGCUUCAGAUAUCGUCACCAAUCAUUCCCGACUUUAAAUGCUACAUUAAAGUGGUUCAAGGAACAUUACAUGGAACCUCCGCCCAGCACCCCUAUUACCACACCGGCGACCAAUGUUGCGGCAUCUAGCGCCACUGCACAACAACAUGGCAUGUUUGUUCCACCGCCACCACCAUCCAGCCAUUUUGCAUUACGUACUACUCCACAUUACACCACCCCAGCACUAGGGUUGACUCCAUAUUCUGCAUUCACUACGCCAUACACACCAACAGCCCAAACUCCAUACAUCACUCCGUACCAGACCCCUUACCAAGGAACUCCGUGGGAGUCGGAUCCGCAAACCAGGGCCCCAUUUGUAAAUUCUUCUAAUGGCUUCAAUAACUCGGGACAGAAGUUCCAGCAAAAAACAAAUAUGAUAAGAGUAUCUAGAGACGAACAAUCUAACGAUGAUGGUAAUGAUUGGCGUAAGGCUGCAGAUGCCUGGGCAAAAUCACAACAGCGCCGCCCACAACGACCGCUGGAUUUUCAGAGAAAUGAUGACAACCCCAACUUACAACCACUCGGAUCAAGGCAGCAUAUAUCGGACCCGGCUUUACGAAGCAGUAUGCUACCAUUCCGUAAAACAGGGGAAGGGUUACGAGGAGAGCACCAUGCUUAUGGGUCAUCCGCACAUAAUUUGCUUCCAAAUCCUUCUCAUCGAUCUGGCCGUGACAGUUUGAAAUCAACUCCUCACACCAACUAUAGCCCGCGAUCAAUGGUAGAAAGCUCAUCGGGCGAUGAAACUCCACUUUAUGAUGAAAAGUAAAAUAAUUUGAUGUUCCAAUUAGUUGAUAUUUAUUCCAUUUGGAAUUAGCUUUUUGCUAAAAAAAUAUUUAGGGUUUAGCCAAACAUGUGUCUAGUGUAGUUCACUUGUAGUAAAUAAAUUUGCAAAAUGCAAAAUUCGAAAUAGUUGAA